UCCACGGUUACCGAAGAUGACACAAUGUCUGCUGGUAUAAAAAGCUAGUGCCACUCCUAUCAGGGCUCCACUUGUAUGUCUGGAGAGAGCUCCCCGGCGCUCUGCUGCGAAUAAAGGGAGGAGGCUGCUGCUGCUGGUAUCCUGCCUGUGCGCAUCUGGAGACAGACACAGAGAGAGACGGAGAGGAGAAGAGAGGAGAGGAUGGCCACGCUGGUUCAACCCGCAGAAAUGGAGACCUUAGGCAGUCAGAGCAACACCGGGACGUCCCCGACAUCCACCGGCUCCUCGCCGCACUUCAACGACGGCAAAUUCUACCUGCUGGUGGUGAUCGGGGAGAUCGUAGCGGAGGAUCACCUCAAGUGUGCCAUUGCGGACAUAGAGAAAGGGAUCCGCUCAUGGGACACCAACCUCAUCGACUGCAACCUGGACCAGGAGCUCAAGCUAUUUGUCUCCAGACACUCGGCCCGUUUCUCCGCAGACGUCAGAGGGCAGAGAAUUCUUCACCACAAAAGUAAUGUCCUGGAAACAGUGGUACUCAUCAACCCGUCAGACGACGCAGUCAGUACUGAGGUUCGUCUGAUGAUCUCGGACACUGCCAGACACAAGCUGCUGGUUCUCUCAGGCCAAUGCUCUGAAAAGACUGGAGAGCUGAUUCUUCAAUCUGGAUCUUUCUCUUUCUUCAAUUUCAUAGACAUAUUCACCGACCAAGAGAUUGGUGAAUUGCUCAGCACCAUUCACCCGGCAAACAAAGCUUUCCUUACACUCUUCUGCCCCGAGCAAGGCGACUGGAAAAACUCCAACUUGGACAAACACAACCUGCAGGAUUUCAUUAACAUGAAACUAAACUCCACUCUCAUACUCCCUGAAAUGGAGGGCCUCUCAGAAUUCACAGAGUAUUUGUCUGAGUCAGUAGAGAUCCCGUCUCCGUUCGACAUGUUAGAACCGCCGACCUCAGGUGGAUUCCUCAAACUCUCCAAACCGUGCUGUUACAUUUUUCCCGGUGGUCGCGGUGACUCAGCUCUCUUUGCUGUAAAUGGCUUCAACAUGCUCAUUAAUGGCGGCUCGGACAGGAAGUCGUGCUUCUGGAAACUGGUGAGACAUCUGGACCGGGUGGACUCCAUCCUCCUCACCCACAUCGGUGACGACAACCUGCCAGGCAUCAACAGUAUGCUGCAGAGGAAAAUUAUAGAGGCCGAGGAGGAGCAGUCGCAGGGUUCCACAGCUAACAGCGACUGGGUGAAGAACAUGAUUUCUCCAGAUAUCGGUGUUGUGUUUGUGAAUCUCCCUGAAAACCUGGAUAACCCUGCACCUAAUUACAGAGUGCGGAGGAAUGUUGAGGAGGCAGCGUCUACGCAACAGUUCCUCACCAAGCUAAAUUUGAGGAUAGAGCCUCUGCAAAGUCCUGUUGGAAACACAAUAGAACCAAUCAUACUGUUUCAGAAAAUGGGUGUCGGGAAACUUGAGAUGUACGUUCUUAAUCCUUCAAAGAAUAGCAAAGAGAUGCAGCACUUUAUGAAGCAGUGGACAGGUAGUGAAAAAGACACAGCUUCUAUUUUACUGCCAAACGGAAAAGAAUCUCAGUUCCCUGUCUCUUAUUUGACGUCUAUCUCUUCGCUCAUUGUGUGGCACCCUGCUAAUCCCUCAGAUAAGGUUGUCCGCGUUCUCUUUCCUGGAAAUACCACCCAGCGUCACGUCUUUGAAGGUUUAGAGAAGCUAAAGCACUUGGAGUUCUUGAAGCAGCCAGUUGUCACUCAAAAAGCAAUGUCUUCUAAUAUGCCUUCAACGCCGACACUAAAGCAAGCAAAGAUGAAAUACAGAACAGACAGCAAAGAGAGCCUGAAGUCUACCCCAAAGCCAUCACCCAGCAGGAGCAUCAGGAAGGAUUCAAAGGAGGAAGCACCAGAGAAGGCAAAGACAGAUGCAGAAUCCACCCAUGAAAAAACACAAAAGACAGAGAAAAAAGAAAAGGUCCCACUGAAAAAGGAAAAAGCAAAGGCACCUGAGAAAGAAUCAAAAGCAAAGAUGGAGCAAUCAGCACAGAAUGAAACUCCUGAAAAGAAGAAGCCUGAAAUAAAACCCAAAGCUGAAAAGGAAAAGACCAUUAAGAGGGAGACCAAAAUCUCAGUGGAAAAGAAAAAGGAGGUUAAAAAAGAAGUGGCAAAGAAAGACGAUAUUCACAAACAAGAAAUUAAAAAAGAAGAAAAAGUGAAGAAAGAGGACGUAAAGAAAGUUCUAAAAAAAGACAUCCGAAAAGAGUCACCUAUGAAGGAGAAGAAGGAAGAAAAGAAAGAGCAAAAGAAAGAUGUCAAAAGGCCCUUAAAAGACAUAAAAAAAACUGAAGAAAGGAAUGCAGCACCAAAACCAAAGCCCCUGAAAAAAGAUGAUGUCUCAAAUAAAUUUGCAGGGACACCAUCAAAGUCAAAAGAGAAAGGGAAGCCUAAGGUUUCAAAGAAAGAGACAAAGGUUGGUAGUGGCAAACUUGCAGCCAGUACUGCUACUGCUGCUGUUGCUGCUGCUGUUGCUGCUGUUGCUGCUGUUGUGGAUGAUCCUGAAGCAGAAAGAUCUAUGAUGUCCUCACCAGAGGACCUUACCAAGGACUUUGAGGAGCUCCAAACUGAAGAGUUGACAACAGACGAUGCGACGGUCCAACAAAACCAGAAAGAAGAGUCAGUGAUGAUCCACCAGGAAGAAAUAAUACAGACCAAAGAGUCACCUGAGGCCUUGGAAUCUUUGGACGAGGGUAUAACCACAACAGAAGCUGAGGGAGACAGUGGAGUGACCCCAGAGGAACAGGUUCUCAAGGUAAAACUUCCAAGUCCAAGUGAAAAGUUUGAAGAUGAGGGCACUGUGAUGGAGGAGACGUCUGAAGGAGGAGAUUAUGAAGAGAAGGGAGAGACAGAGGAAGUUUAUGAACCACAGAGAAUGGAAUUGGAUAAAGAUAAACUAACUCCCAGUGAAGAGGAACACAGAGACAGACCCGAUGAAGUCAAACCAGGGGAUGGUGUUCAAGACAAUGAUGAUCUGAUGAAUAAAAAUGUAGAGGAUCCACUCAUGAGCGAAAGACAAACAGAGAAACAGAAUCUGUUUGAAUCAGCCUUACCCAAAGUGUCCUCACCUAUUUCUCCAGCCGCAUCUAUCCAUGAUGAAAUUCCUCCUGUUGGUUUCGAGAGCUCAACGGUCUCAGACGAUGAGAAUCGCGAAGAAGCCCCCGAGGAUUUCACUGUCACCUCCAUCUGCACUCAGUCCACCAUCAAGAUCUCCAGUGUGCCUACUACCCUGGGUGAGAUGUUGACUCCUAGGGACAUUAUGAGCAACGAAACCGCCUAUAAUGAGGCUGAAUCUCCUCCACGGGAUAGUGACAGGUUUGUGACUUCUGUAUCUGGACAGUAUGAUAUGAAGAAGAUUUCUCCACUUCAGGAUAUGCCAGGAUCAGAUCGCUCUCAGAGUGACAUCACGGAAGGCCAGGACUACAACCUCUCUGCUUCCACCAUAUCUCCACCUUCACCACUAGAAGAGGAUAAAUUCUGCAAGGGCUUUACCUUAGCAGGGAAAGCUGAGCAGUAUGACACAGUUCAAGAGUCGUUUGAGAAGCAUGAUGCAGAUCUAACAGGACUCACUUCAACCUCCACAACCACACCUCUUAUUCGUUCUCCCUCAGUCGACCGCAGGGAUACAUUUGAUUCCCCAUCACCUUUUGCUGCUCCAAUAGAAUUGUCCACCACACUGACAGGGAGUACCCGAGCAACAGCAGAAUCUGUCAGCCCAGAUGACAAGACACUGGAAGGAACUAACUCGCCUCAGUCCUCUGGUCACACUCCUUACUAUCAGUCACCAGUAGAUGAAAAAGCAGCAAGUCUAACACUUGUCUCAGAAGACAAAGCACAGGGUCCAAUAAUUGUGGAGCUCACAAGUGAUAAAGAAGAUUCCUCCAACAGAGCUACCCCAGAGCCAGAUGAGCCAGAACAAGAAAUGUGCUCUCCUGUAGAGAGGGUAGCAUCUUCUCCAAAAAGCCAAUCUCCAACUGAGCCCGAUUCCCCAACAAAAAAGGAAAAGUCACCAUUUGAUUUAGAUGAUAAGACAACUGGAGAAAACAGCCAUUCAGUCUUUUCCUCAGCACCGGAGACCAAAUAUGAGUCAGACACCAAUCUAUUUACUGGGGCCAAAGAAGAGAGCAAAAUGUCGAUUUCAGAGGGCACCACAUCAGACAAAUCAGGAUCCCCUCUGGAAGAAGUGGUAGCAGAAGACUUGUUCUCACAUUUAGCUUCAGCAUCCACUGCCUCGCUGGCCACCAGCUCCUUGCCAGAGCCGACCACCGACUCUCCUUCGCUUCAUGCUGAGGUAGGCUCUCCUCAUUCUACAGAAGUGGAUGACUCACUUUCUGUCUCCGUGGUUCAGACCCCAACCCCCUUCCAUGAGGCUGAGGGGUCUCCGUCCAAGGAAGAUAGCCCCAGGCCCAUGUCAAUCUCCCCAGACGUCUCACCAAAGUCAAAAAGCAAAACACAAAAUCAGGAUAUGAAAUCCCCAGAGCACUCUACCAUGUCGAUAGAGUUUGGCCAGGAAUCCCCUGACCACUCCUUAGCCCUGGACUUUAGCAAGCAAUCCCCAGAGCACCCAUCUGUGGGCAGCAGCUCACGUGCUACAGAGAAUGGCCCAACUGAGGUUGACUACAGCCCCUCAGAUGGCACAGAUGUGAGACCACCUGGAGAACCUGGCUCCCCAGUGGAGAAGCCUUUACUUUUUGAAGACGUUGACGUCCGUGCCACUUCUGCAACCCCAUCAGAUGCAUCUCAGUCCACACCCUCUGUUACAACCCCAUGUCAAAUGGCUGAGAUGCCACAUACCAUGGCUGAGCAGACGGACAAGUCUCCACUCACCCCCAAGGCAUCCUCUCUCACCCAGUCUCCCCAUUCCACUGAGCCAUCCCCAGUACUAGGAGGUCCCCCGGUUAUGGACAGCACCAGCCCAAUUUCACCAUCUCUGGAGAGCCUUUCUAAUAAAUCUGACGCACAGCUGAAAUACGACAAGUCACCCUCACCUCCCAAAGCUACUUCUCCAUCUUCAUCAUUUUCCCCCUCAAAAGAGGAGACACAUUCCCCAGCAAAGGAGACGAAUCCCUUUAAAUGUGAAGAUUCUACACACGAAGCAAAAUCCCCUGUGGGCCCCAAAGUUCCUUCCCCAUCCUAUCUGCCUCUCUCCUCCGAUCUGUAUAAUUAUAACUCAGCCUGUGGGUCCAGGGACCCCGACACCACAAAGAGAAGCCCCUCUGCUCCAUCUAAAACAGAUGUUGACCUCUGCUUAGUCACUUCAUGUGAAUACCGUCACCCUAAGACAGAAUUAUCCCCAUCUUUUAUUAACCCUAACCCUCUGGAAUACUUCAUUAAUGAAGAGAACAUCAUAGAGGAGGAGAAGCCUCUGGCCAAGUCAGGAGGAGGACCCCCACCUCCAGGUGCUAAGCUUCCCACCAAGCAAUGUGAGGAGACCCCACCAACAUCCAUCAGUGAAUCUGCCCCCUCCCAGACAGAUUCAGAUGUCCCACCAGGGACAGAGGAGUGCCCCUCUAUUACAGCAGAUGCUAACAUUGACUCUGAAGACGAUUCUGAGACAUUGCCUACUGACAGAACCCUGACCUACAGGCAUGCCGAUCCUCCUCCAGUGACUUUAAGGGACUCUGCUCCAUCCUCGGGCCAACAUGAUGUCUGUAUGGUGGACCCAGAGGCCCUCAAGGCUGAAGAAAAUCUCCACAAUGCUAACACAGAGGGAGGAGAAAAAUCCAAGAAGAAAAAACUCACAAAAAAGUCUUCAUCUCCAGCCAGGAAGACUGCUCUGUCAAAAAUCAAGGAUACCAAGACUGCCUCUCCAAAGAAGAGUGUCGGAGAAGGAAAAGAUGCCAAAAAUGCAACAAAUACCUCUGCGUCCAGAGGUGUGAAAAGUGCCACGUCAGGUGCUGGCAGUGGAAAGGCAUCAGGAGCGGCAUCUCAGCCAAACUGUCCUCCCAUGUUCAUGGAUUUGGUUUACAUACCCAAUCACUGCAGUGCCAAGAAUGUGGAUGCUGAGUUCUUCAAGCGGGUGCGCUCCUCUUACUAUGUGGUCAGUGGCAAUGAUCAGACUGCUCAGGAGCCCAGUAGGGCUGUCCUUGAUGCUCUGCUGGAAGGAAAGGCCCAGUGGGGAAACAAUAUGCAGGUCACCCUGAUUCCAACCCACGACACUGAUGUCAUGAGGGAGUGGUACCAGGAGACCCACGACAAGCAGCAGGAGCUGAACAUCAUGGUCCUGGCCAGCAGCAGCACCGUUGUUAUGCAGGACGAGUCCUUCCCAGCUUGUAAGAUAGAGAUGUAAGACCUGUUCUGCACCAGAUCUGUGGAUCAGGAGACCAAGUGAUAAUGACAAAUCUAUGUAGCAUAAAAACCCAAGCAGACACUUACCGGAAUAUGCUAUUGUGACAAUUCUUGUGCCCUAAAUCAUUGAACCUUAAAUAUCUGAACUGAGGAUUACCCAAUAGAAAUUAGCAUUGAGGGGCUCCAUGCAAAGGACAAUGAUUUCACUAUAAAGUAAUAGACCCUUGACAUCCAUAUGGUGUCUGAAUUUUAGGUAUGAAUGAAUUUUACUUGAAGGGAACAAGAAAUAAAAAGCAGCCUAUAGCGAUGAAUGUCCAAUUAUGCUAAGAGCUCCAGUAUAAUGUUGCUGUUGCCCCGAGUUUCUUUUACAUCCCCAGAUCAAAUUAUAGGAGAUUAGACAAGAACCCAACAUCCCUGCAUAUGGUGUAUUCUUAAAUAAUGGCUGUAAUCCAUACCAAAGGAUAAAACAGUUUUCUAUCAUUGCCUUAGGAAGUUCAAAUGAAUGUACAAGAACUGGUGCAAGUAGCAGAAGAGUAGGGAAACUCUACACACUGGAGGUAACUCUUAUUGAAAGGACUGUUAAAUGAUAGUUGAAUGAUGGUAAAUAUGAGCUACCUUGAAGGGAUGCUUAACAUUGAAUAGCAUGAAUAUGUCUUUUUGGUCUGGUUUCUGUUUCUGCUAAUGAAUAUUUAUUUAUCAUUUCAAAGUUAAUUUAUUGUGCGUGAUAAAUUUUAAAGUGUGCAGCGGAAAUCUGCCUCAGAAAUCUCUCCCCUUGCCUUUGUCACAUCUGUAAAAUCAUUUUCAUGCUGAUUAGAGAGUCAUUAAUUUCAGAUUGCCUGUUUUAUUUGCAGAAUUUAAUCUUUUAUUUCUAUUACCUGUUUUUGUAUGUCAUUGUUUAGCUUUGGGGGAGCAAACCUUUCCCCUAUGUAUAGCUAGUCAGGCAGGAUAUUUUCAUAACCUUAAAAUGUCUUGUUUUUCUAAAAGCAUUGUACUAUAAUUAUAAAUAGCUUUGAAGCCGAAGGGAUGGUUGAAAGACGUGCAUGAGUUAUGAUGUGUUAGGAUUUUUCUCUUCUUCUUUUAACUGGGAUUUUUCUCAGACUUGCAUUAAGAACAACAGGGCUACAUGAUUUAUUUAUUUAUUUUGCAACUUGUGCCAUGACGUUGUAUAGUACAGGAAGUAAAGCGGUUGCCUGUGGCAUUGUAUCACAAUCAAACUUCAUUCUGGGUGCAGCACAGUGUAGAUACAGGUUAACAUGAGCAUUUUUGGUGUUUCUCCUCUGUAGCUGAAGGAGGCGAAGCUUUUGAGUGGGGCGGCACACAGAGAUGAGAGUGAGUGACUUGUGUGUUUCAGAUGAAAGUAUGUACAACAAAAAAAAACUAGACACUUUAAACACAAACAUGACACAAACUAACUGUAACAGAGGCCAGAGAUCAACCAUGACAGGCCACCUUCUGGAGAAUUAUCCAACAAAUCGACGCACAUACAGGCUUUGGUACUUUGGGUUAUUAAAUCAACCAAACUCACCAGAUAUGUCUGGUGUUCAUAAAACCACAACAGACGACUUCUCCUGCAGGGGAAACUACACUACACUACAGUAAUACCUGUCAAACCUACAAAACUCUGAACUGACAUUUCUCUUGGACUGACAUUUCUCCUUUUCUCCAUCUCCUUUUUCUUCACUUCCUCUCUCUGUCUAUUUAUCUCUGCCUUUUUCUCCUUAUCUUUCUCUCGGGAGAACUUUACUAAUGUCUGUCUGCAGCUGUGUGGUAUAUUUGUCUUGUGGUCAUGCAUCCUCUCCCCCACUUACCCCCCCAAAAUACUCAUAUAAACCCCCAAUAGCAAUUAGUUUCAAGUAAGUAUUCCUUAGUGCUUUCUAAUAUUUGUGUGCAAUAUUCCCUCAAUGGCAAAUCUGAUGUAAGAUGAGCUACUGCUGAAGAACAAACACUCAAAAACAACCACAAUAAAAAUCUGACGUGAACAAGAA